AUGUCGUCAACAACGCAAGCAGCCGCCAACAAGCGCAAACGCCUCGCGGGCGGCAGCACCACUUCGCUGCCCGAUGAGGUUGCGACCGCCGAGCAGGCACAGAUCUCGGAGUCGCGCGACGCGUCUGCAGAAGAGGGCGACACCACAGCGGCGGAGACGCCGACGGCUGAACUCAAGACCACACCCACUUCGCACCCGCCGAUUAAGCGUCAGCGGUCGAGCAACAAUCCUGUCGGCGAUGCGACCGUUGACAUGGGCGAGCCCAGCGAUACCACUGAGGCGAGUGUGGACAUUGAGAACCGGGUAGGCCGCAAGGGCAGGAAGAGUAGCAACCCCGAGGAGGAGGAGGGCAUGGCGCCGCCGCCUAUCGGCAAGCUCACACAUCCGGUUGGCUAUCGUACGAAUGACCCGCCGGUUGGUAGGCCAGUCAGGAUCUAUGCCGACGGCGUCUUUGAUUUGUUCCACCUUGGGAGGACACUUGUUGACAUUAUCGCCCUGCGCGGUCUCAGCCACAUGCGACAGCUAGAACAGGCCAAAAAGGCAUUCCCUGACGUCUACCUCAUUGUCGGAGUGACUGGUGACGCCGAGACUCACAAGCGCAAGGGCCUGACAGUGCUUUCUGGCAAGGAGCGUGCCGAGACGGUCCGUCACUGCAAGUGGGUAGACGAGGUCAUCGAGAACUGCCCGUGGAUCGUCACGCCUGAGUUCCUCGAGGAGCACAAGCUCGACUAUGUCGCGCAUGACGACAUUCCGUAUGGCGCCGACGAGGGUGACGACAUCUACGGGCCCAUAAAGGCCGCGGGCAAGUUCCUGGUGACGCAACGCACAGAGGGCGUCAGCACGACAGGUAUCAUUACCAAGAUCGUACGCGACUACGAAAAGUAUAUUGCAAGGCAACUCAAGCGCGGCACAUCUCGGCAGGAACUCAACGUCAGCUGGCUGAAGAAGAACGAGUUGGACCUGAAGCGGCAUGUACAGGAUCUGCGAGAAAACAUCCGCAGCAACUGGACGACGACGGGUCAGGAGCUCAGCAGAGAGCUGAGGCAAUACUGGCCGGCUUCCAGGCCACAGAGCCCUGCCCCCUCAAGGUCCGCGCUGCAGGUCCCUAACGGGGACCAGCUCACAAGCCCACAACAGCAGAGCAGCUCGAGGGAGGCGCAGCUCCGAUCGCCAACCACGCCAGGAGGUGCCAACGUCAACUCGAACGAUUUUGUGGCCGGAUAUGCGGUCGGGUUGAUCGGCGGUGUAAGGUCUUGGAUGACCAAAAGCCGUCGCAGCCUGAGGGACGAGAGAGACGAUUCCUCCUCGCGCCAGCCAAGUGAUGACUCGUCCGAGGAGAGUGAGGGCAAGGAGAAGACGACACGAACUCGCCGGGUUGUUCCCAAGGGGAAUGCUACUGCUACAGGAGCCUAA